CGCCCGGGCGCGGCCGUGGCGGUGGCGGCCGGGCCGGGCCCGGCGGGCGGAGGCGGCGGCGGAGCCGGGCCGGGCCCGGGGCUCAGAACUCGCAACUCCAUCAUGGAGUUCCCUUUCGACCUGGCCCCGGUGCUGGGCGAUCGCUUCUGCGUGGUGGAUCAGCACCUUCGGCCCGCGGGGCGCGGCGGCGGCGGCACCGCCAAACGGGAGGAGCUGGAGCAGCAGCUGAGGACGGUGAUCGAUGAGCUGGGCAAGGCCUCGGCCAAGGCCCAGGGCCUCUCCACCCCCGUGACCAGCGCGGCGCGAAUGGAGAGCAACAGGCACGUGCUGUACAUCCUCAGGGACACCCGGUGCCCCCGGGGUGCCGUGCUGGGUUUCCUCAAGGUGGGCUACAAGAAACUCUUCCUGCUGGAGCGGGAUGGGUCCCAUGUGGAGGUGGAGCCUCUCUGUGUGUUGGAUUUUUACAUCCACGAGUCGCAGCAGCGCCGGGGGCUGGGCCGGGAGCUCUUCCGGGAGAUGCUGCAGCGGGAGCGGGUGCAGCCCCACAAGCUGGCCGUGGACAGACCCUCCGAGAAGCUCCUGGGCUUCCUCAGGAAACACUUCGGCCUCUGCGACCUCAUCCCGCAGGUGAACAAUUUUGUCAUCUUUGAGGGGUUUUUCUCCACCAGGACAGCCCCAGCCCGGCGCCCGUUCCCGCGGCCCCGCCCCGAGGAGCCGAUCAAACCCUACUCGCUGAGCGAGCGCGACUUCCUGCGGGAGGAGCCCGAGCCCCCCUGGCCCUUUAACCUGGCGCGGGGGUCGCCGGUGCGGGGCAGCCUCCGGCCCUUCCUGCUGCGCCGAGAGACCCCCCCGGGGACCCCCCCGGGAACCCCCCCGGAGCCGCCCCCGCGCCGCGCCAGCUCCCUGGGGCGUGUCGGCCGCUGACCUCCCCCAGCCCCUCCCCCCUCCGGCCACUGACCCUCCCCCACUCCAUGGCCACUGACCCCCCUCCUAUGGACUCAACUGGAACCAGUUCCUGCUCCAUAACCCAACUGGGAACCAGUUCUCACCCCAUAACCCAACUGGGAACCAGUUCCUGCCCCACAGCCCAACUGGGAACCAGUUUCCAUCUUACUGGGAACCAGUUCCUGCCCCAUAACCCAACUGGAACCAGUUUCCAUCUUACUGGGAACCAGUUCUCACCCCAUAACCCAACUGGGAACCAGUUCCUGCCCUACUGGGAACCAGUUCUCACCCCAUAACCCAACUGGGAACCAGUUCCUGCCCUACUGGGAACCAGUUCUCACCCCAUAACCCAACUGGGAACCAGUUUCCAUCUUACUGGGAACCAGUUCCCACCCCAUAACCCAACUGGAACCAGUUUCCAUCUUACUGGGAACCAAUUCCUGCCCCAUAACCCAACUGGGAACCGGUUCCCGCCCUACUGGGACCAGUUCCCGCCCACUGGGCCUCUCCUCCCCGCCCCGUGGGUGCCCCUCCCCCCGCCCGGCCCCGGGGGGUGCCUUCCCCCCCCUCCCCCGCUCGUUUUUUGGGGACAUUUCAAUAAAAUCGGCGACUUUGGCUCCUUCCUGA